UGACGCUUGUGCAAGUGCUCCGAUGUCCGUGAGCGCAGCCCCGCCCCCAGACCCUCCGCAUGCCCUCUCGCCUCCCUCUGGGGGUAUAUAUAGCCUGAGAGGGGUCCUGGACAGUCCCGGCAGUCAAAAUGAGACUUUUCCUCCCCGUCUGCUGCCUGCUGCCUCUUCUGGCACUCGCCACUGCAGAUGCAGUGGAGUCUGAGAGUGAGCCGCUUGUGCCAUUCCAGCUGAAGUCUGAAGGCGAGCUGUUCAACUGCUGUGAUGGCACAGAGGAUCUAAGCCAGAGCUCCUCCAAUGACACUCCUGCACCAAACAGACCUGUGUGCCAACCCUGUGGCACUGGUGCACACAUUGACACCACGGCAGAAGAUGUCAGCUCUGAGAAUCAAGAAGAAGAGGUUGCUUCAGAAGAGAAAUCUGAAGAGUUGAAUCAAGGGGAGACCUCUUCUGAAGAGAUAUUUGAAGAGGAAGCAGCUGAAGAAGAGGCAGAAGUUGAGUUAGAUGAAUCUAAUGAAGCGGUCGAGGAGGAAGUUCUUGAGGAGGCACUUGAAGACGUGAAGGUGGAGGAGAUCUCAGAGGUAGACAGUGAUGUAGAGCCACAAAUAGUUGAUGAGGAAUCUGUGGAAGAAGAUGACGAGGAAGAUUCUCAGACCCAUGACGAGAUAGGUGAGGAAGAGGAGGUUCUUCAGACUGAAGAUGAAGCAGGUGAAGAAGAGGAACUUGCUCAGACUGAAGAUGUAAUUGAGGAAGAGGAGGUUCUUCAGAAUGAAGAUGAAGCAGGUGAAGAAGAGGAACUUGCUCAGACUGAAGAGGAGGUAGUUGAGGAAGAGGAGGUUCUUCAGACUGAAGAUGAAGCAGGUGAAGAAGAGGAACUUGCUCAGACUGAAGAGGAGGUAGUUGAGGAAGAGGAGGUUCUUCAGACUGAAGAUGAAGCAGGUGAAGAAGAGGAACUUGCUCAGACUGAGGAGGAGGUAAUUGAGGAAGAGGAAGUUCUUCAAACUGAAGAGCCAGUGGAAGAGAUAUCAGAAGAAGUAACGGAGGAAGAAUCUGAUGAAGAGGAAGUUGUAACAGAGGAAGAAGGAGCUCCUGAGGUUGUGGAAGAAGAACAAUCUGUUGAAGAACCAGAAGCCUUUGAAGAAAUGGUGGAAGCAGCUGAGGAACUAGUUGCAGAUGUUGUUGAAGUAGCACAAGAGGAAAGUGAAGAGCUUGUGGAACCAACUCUUGAACAGGUUCAAGACGAUGUUUCUACACCUGCUGAACAAACAACAGUGGAAGAAGUGUCAGAUGAUGUACCAGCAGCCAAAGCCUCUGCGAAAGUGGAGAAAAAAAAACCCUCAGGUCCUACCAAAAGAGAUCAGUCUCACAUCGAAGAGACGCUGCGUCUGGCAACAGCUGAACCUUCCCGGGAAUUCGUCGAUGCUCUGAGGAAGCUGCAGCAUGUCUACAACACUGCAAUUAAACCCAUGGACAAGGCCUAUAAAUACAAUGAGCUCCGGCAGCAUGAAGUGUCAGAUGCAGAGAUCACCUCUAAACCCAUGGUCUUGUUCCUGGGUCCUUGGAGCGUUGGCAAGUCUUCCAUGAUCAAUUAUCUUCUAGGUCUCGAUGACACUUCACAGCAGCUUUACACUGGGGCUGAGCCCACAACGUCGGAGUACACUGUUCUGAUGCACGGUGAGAAGUUUCGCACCAUUGAGGGCAUUGUGAUGGCGGCAGACAGUUCCCGCUCCUUCUCACCGCUAGAGAGGUUCGGUCAGGGGUUUCUGGAAAAGCUGGUGGGAAUCGAGAUGCCGCACAAACUCCUGGAGCGUGUCACCUUUGUUGACACACCUGGAAUCAUUGAGAACCGCAAACAACAAGAGAGAGGGUACCCCUACAGUGAAGUGUGCCAGUGGUUUAUCGACCGUGCUGAUCUCAUCUUCCUGGUGUUUGACCCAACCAAGCUGGACGUCGGUUUAGAACUAGAAAUGCUGUUCAGACAGAUGAAGGGCCGCGAGUCACAGAUCCGAAUCAUCCUCAACAAGGCUGACAGUUUAACCACCCAGGACCUAAUGCGCGUGUACGGCGCCCUCUUCUGGAGCAUGGCACCCCUGAUUAACGUGACAGAGCCACCACGUGUCUACGUGAGCUCAUUUUGGCCGCAGGAUUACGCUCCUGACACCAACAGAGAUCUGUUUAAGCGUGAGGAGAUCUCUCUGCUGGAGGACCUAAACCAGGUCAUCGAAAACCAGCUGGAAAACAAAAUCGCCUUCAUCCGGCAGCACGGCAUCCGCGUGCGCAUCCACGCCCUCCUGGUCGACCGCUAUCUGCAGACUUACUAUGAGAAGCUGGGCUGGUUUAGUGACCCACAUGAGGUCUUCAACGAUAUUGUGAGCGACCCUGACAAAUACUACAUCUUCAAGUCCAAUCUGGCCAAGACCAAUGUGAGUAAGUUCGACUUGCCAGAACCGGAGGCCUAUCGGGACUUCUUCGGAGUCAAUCCCCCCAGCGGCUUUAAGCUCCUCUCCUCAUACUGCGGCUGGUCAGGUGGAUGCCUGCUGGAGAAGAUCGAGAAGGCCAUCACAGAUGAGCUGCCGGCUUUGCUCAGCAGUCUGGCAGAGAAACGGGAAGCCAAGGCCGAAGCGGCAGCAGAAACCAAGGAGAGACCCCCAAACCGGUGGAGGAGACAGUAACAGAUGAAUGGUGGGAGGGGGGUGCGGGAAAUAUGGAAGAGUGGCACCAAAGCAAUGAAUGAGAGUACAAGUCAAACUCAGAUGAGAUUCACGUCAAUGGAAAGCCAGUUAAACUCAGUAUGUACAGAGACUCUUACCACUCUGUAUGAAACAGCCCUGAACGAUGCGAUUCGGUGUCCUGUUUUUCUUCCUUGUUCUAAUUUAACUCCGCUAGCAAAUUGUACUUAUUUAUACUAUGUUCAACAUAAAUAACCUGUCAUUAUCUUAUUUAAUUUAUUGUUUGAAUGCCGUUUUAAAAGUGUGAAUUAUGGAAGCUUGUUUCCACCACAGGAUUAAAAAAGAAUAAUUGAAAUGGUUAUUGCGACUUUUUCUCUUGCAAUUCUAAAAAAAAAAAAAGUCAGAAUUUAUAAAUUAUGUCAGUUUUCUCUGAAUUUUAAGAACAUAGCUCAGAAUUGCGAGAUAAACCUUUUUUUUUUCUAUUCCCCUUGUUGGAAAAACGCUUCCAUCUUGAAUUUGCCAUAUGUGGUAGAAAAAAAAGAAAAAAAAAAGAAAAACCUUUAUCUUCAUUAAUUCAGUUUCACUUGUACAUAUUUAUCAUGUUACUUUGUACAAUUUACUGGUGUGUGAGUUGUUGGUAAAUGAAAUGAGAUUUUUGUUGUUGUUGUUGUUGUUGCAUUUGCUCACAUUACUGCAUGUUUCAACUGUAGUGACAUUAAAUUGCUUUUCUGGCUGAUGAGUUAUACAAUAUGGAAAUUAAACAUUAAACUGGAUAUUUAACUACGUCAAUAAAAAAACACAUUUAGAUAAAAUAAAUAAGCGGGUGAAUAGAUAUGAUAACUAAUAUGAUGAAGGAUAAUUUUGCAGCUGUGAUUGAUUCACUUCAACCUAAGAGGAUCCAAAAUGUCCACUAAAUGGCGUAGCGUAUCAUUAAACUCAUUGCAAUAAAAAACUAGUGAACACA